AUUGUCGCACUCGUCCGCUCUACAGUCAGGUCACCGAUUCGGCUGCGCAUUCUCGUCUCUCAAAUGACCAUGUGGCCGCCCUACUUACACUUCCCCUUCCCCUCGUUAUCCAAUCCUCAACCUCAACAUUUUCCAUCCCCAGUUAGAGACAGAAUGUCGGAAAGCAGUCUCUUUGCCGCGUUCGGUGCCGUCCUCGGUUACAUCGGCGCCGAGGCCGCGACGAUGCUAUCUAUUGAGCGCCAGCUAUGGCCGCAGCGAUUCUACUCCAACUUCACCCUCUCGUCGCUCCCGAUCCUCGCCUUGUUCAUGCCCAUGGGUGGCCCGUUGCACAAGGCUGCCCUCAAGGCCCUCGACACAAUCUUCUUGCACGGAUUGUUCAACGGGCCCAAUCAGGGCCACAUGCUAGGAACAGCCUUCUUCCGGCAGCGGAACUGGACCUACACAAUGCACAGAGAUGGCGAGGAGCACCCGUCUCAUACAGACGUGGUGCGCAAUUGUCUGUGGACACGCACGCUGAGCUACAUCCCAAUCCCCGAACUCGAUCAGAAAUCCUGUUCCGACGCGGCUUAUGGCGAUGGCGCUGAGAAGGGCAUCUCUUCGACUGCCCGGCGGGCACCACCACUUCGGGCUCGAACCGUUGUCAGCCAUCUCACCUUGUCGCGGCCGACGACCAAAGAUAUCACGUCUCAAGAACUGCCGUUUAUCGGCGAGGGCCAUGGUGUCCCAAGCCUCGGGGUUUUUCUCGCCAUCUGCGCCAGCGAGACCUCGGCUAUCAUCACUGCCUUGGCCGUUUUCGUCGUCUUCCGCUCGGCUUGGCUUAUUCUGUGGCUUCUGCCUCUAGUACUGCGACUUCUGAGCACCUUCUUUGCAUUGCAUCGCGAGCCUCUCGUUUCGACCUCUUCGUCUGCUGUCGACGAUCCUCCCCGCGACUUUGAAUUUCAUUGCCCCCAGUCCGAGGGCAGUUUCAUGGUCGUGACAGGACCGCCUACCCUUGUGCUACAGUUUGUCCGCCACUACGGUCACCCCGUCCGCGACCGAUUCCGAGAAGUCUUUCAAUUGAUAGUCAUCAUGGCCCUCGCUUCACAUUUCCCCCUGGGCCUUUUCUGUUCCUUCGUGUGGAUGGAUGAGAAGCUGCAGUACGUCUGGCUAUGCUACCAGCUCUAUUUGGUCCUCGCCAUGCACAUUGUCCGGUACUCCACCCUGGGACGUUCCACCACCACCGAGGCCAAGCUCGCCCAAUGCUUGAGCCGUCCAAGACAGUCAAAGGCGAUUGAUGGCGAUUCUACUCACGCUGAUAAUGAGUCGGCCGUCCUUUUUGGACACAAGAGAGACGGUGAGGGAACUGUCAAGGCCAGGGUUGCCAUCACAUACCAUAACAGAUAUGCAGAGGGCAAGAUGGCGGUCGAGCAACUUCUUCAUCGCCGCAACGGGUGGCAGGAGGAUAAUAUCAGUCAGGCCGAUGUGUUGAGAGGUGUUUCCAAGACUCAAACCUCUCUAUAA